UAAAAUGUCGCAAUUUUGAUCCCCAUCCUUCUAACAGAACAUUAAUCAAAAUUCCAACAGCAACGCCAUAUGCCGUUGGUUACGGCCCUGCUAUCGGGCGUUCCAUCGAAGGAGAAAAAAUUAGUGGUGGUGCGGCACGCGACCAACAGGUCAGGUCAGUUCCAACCCCGGUACUGACGGGCAGCACUUCCUUAUUGGGUCAUAGACUUCGGUGGUAAUCGCACAUCCGUGUUGUGCCGUCUUUGAAAAUGUGCCGCGUCUGAUCACGUUUAAUCCAAUUAAUUAAUCAGUGAUGAGUUGUUGAAGUUUUGGUGACGUGUGUGACCGUGGUUAAAUCGUCAGGAUGGAUCUGAUGAAGCCGUACGGCAACAGGUACGACUGCGGCCAGGACCUGGUGUACCAUCCGAAUUACUACAGUUCGUUAGCGCUGAUAAACAAAGGCGAGCAGUACUUCAAGACGGAACCGAUGAAAAGUGAGGCAAAAACGCCGGAUUUAUACGACGUGAACACUUACGACAGCUUCAUCUCGGCGUCGAGCGAGCUGAGCUCGUUAUCGGAACAAGACAAGUACACGUACGGCAAUUUUAACUUCUUCACUUUGAAAAAAACCGCCUUCGACAAUAAUAACACAACGAGAGGUAUUGAGUGUGCGGAGAAAAAAACGGGGCGCGUCAGGAAGAGAACGGUGGUCAGGGAUAGGCCGGCAUCGCCGACGGUUCUGAAGAAGCGGAGAUUGGCGGCGAACGCACGGGAGAGACGCAGAAUGAACGGGCUAAAUGAGGCGUUCGACAGGCUUAGACAGGUUAUACCCAAUUUGGAUGCGGAGCAGAAGUUGAGCAAGUUUGAGACACUUCAAAUGGCCCAAACUUAUAUUGCGGCUCUGAGGGAUCUUUUAGAAACAUCUAGUAUUGAUAGGUAAACAGACAGCAAUGUUAUUACUUUUGUAUACAAAUAAUGUGAUAUUUUUUAAUAAAUCUGUACAUAUUUUUAUAGUAUAUACAAUAUCUACUGCGUGAAAAUUUUAGAUAUCACAAAAAUCUGUUUUAAACACCCAUACAUGUAAUACCUCUUAGGUAACCCACUUCAUAUUGUCAAAACUAAGUUUACAAAUGAGAAAAAAUCUAGUCUAUGUCCAAAUAUAGUAGUUUUAGACAUUUUUCUUAUGUUUUUGUAUAGGAUAUUUUUUUAAGUUGUAUAUUUUACGAAUGUGUGUUCCGUUUAGUCACUAGAUUUAAUUAUUUUUAAUGUACAAUUCAGCUACUGAUCUCGUACUUUACGACAAUAGAGGAGUGUUUCCUUCACUUAGGGUCACGUUUUUAAUACACCAGCACUUUGUAGGUUUUUUAUGCAAUAUGUGUGUUCAAUAAAUUUCGUUUUGUUA